CCAUAUAGACACAAAUCUUUUCGAAAAGAUAAAAGAAUUACGUAGUUUGGAUGUAUUAACAAAUAAUUUGCAAUAAAAACUCAAAUGUUAUAAAUCAGGGGGGAAAAAGUAAUACAAAAUUUAAAAUGUAUUACAACUUUACAUGGCGUUUUAUUUAUAUGUAUCUAAAUAAAAUAAAUAAAAAGGAAGAAUAAAUUAAAGAAAGACCACUUUAAAAAGAUGCUCUUUCCCUCCUCCCAACCUCCCAUGAGCUCUUUCUCAGUCUCUCUUGAAGUAAGUAACCACACAAAGACAGAGAGAGAGAGAUUUUCAGACACAUAUACACAGAUACAUACACCGUUACAUACACACACUAUGGAUUUGCAUGGAACCGAAUCAAGAACACAAGCUAUGUCCAGCGAUUGCGACGACGAUUACAUAGACAUGGAGGUCAACCUCUCCUCGUCCUCUUCUUCUCGCUUCAUCAGCUUCGCCGUCACCUCCUCUCCGCCGCACAGCAGAGAGUUCGAGUUCCAAAUGUGCUCCUCCGCCGCAGCUUCCGGCGAGUCCACCACAUCUCCGGCCGACGAGCUCUUCUACAAAGGUCAGCUCCUCCCUCUCCACCUCCCUCCUCGUCUCCAAAUGGUCCAAAAGCUCCUCGCCUCCUCCGCCGCCGUGGCAGUAUCCGCUCCCAUCUCCCCACGCGCCGCCGCAUCCGCAUCCUCGCCGAGGAGAUUCAGCAGCAGCGAGAUCGACGUCAGCGGGGGAAACGAGAACUGUUACAUCGAGAUUUCGACGGAGCUGAAGAGCAAAAAGAUCAAACAGUCGUCGAUCACUCAAAAGCUCAAAGCUUCACGCGCUUACAUAAGAUCUCUCUUCUCGAGACCAGGAUGCUCAGAUCCAUCGGAGAUCCACCCAAACCUCAAGAACUCCAAAUCGUCGAAAAAGAAGAACCCUCUUGUCAAAACAGAGUCUUUAAACAAGAACAAUCCUCCGUUGAUUCACAGGAGAUCGUUCUCCGGUGUGAUGAUACAGAGACACUCUCAGCCAAAGUGUUCUGUUUCUUCGUCUUCUUCGUCUUCUUCCUCCUCUUCGGCGUCUUCGCUUUCGUCUUCGUUUAGUUUCGGAUCAAACGGGUCUUUGGAUCUGCAGACGCUGAUGAGAAGCAGCAACGCGUGGUCGGAGAUAGAUAACUCCAUCGAAGGAGCGAUUGAGCAUUGUAAGCAGUCUUUUACGACGAGGAAGAGCAAUGUUGGGGACUCUGAGAACUCUUCUUCGAGAACAUCUGUUUCUACUUGUGGUGAUAUUGAAAAAGGUUGAGACUUUUCAAGAAACGUGACGUUCUUUGGCUCUGAUUCUCAUUCCAAAAUGAAAAAGGACAUAGAAAGUUCAAAAAAGGGAACUUUUUUCUUACACUCUGUUUUUUUUUUCCUUUUUGUAUUUUUAGAUUCUUUUGUGUGCUUUUUUUCUUUGUAGAAGUUUGCUGAAACUGAGGCUUCUUUCUGUGUUAAUGCUAUAAAAAUUUACUAAUUUUAAUGUUCUUGGAUUUAAAUUUGGCUUGUGAACAGAUUCUUCUUCGUUUGAGACGUUAAUUCGUUAACUUUAGUAAUUACAUACCUGGUUAGUGACAAUUUUCUCGUUUUUUGUAACUUUGUUCUUAAUAUAAACUAUUUAAUAUUAUUCAAAAGAUAAUGACAGUUACCAAAAACAUUCUAUGAAGGAAAUUUUGACUUAAGAUGAACUGUUUUGACUGUUAAAAAAACUAUUUUGCGUUUGGAUGAGAUUGUAGAAAAUCUCCAAUAUAAAAAUAUGCUAAAAGAUAUUUUACAACUAAAAUAUUAUUAUUUUAAAAAAUAUUUUAUUUAAUCAUCAAAUUUAAUUUUAAAAAGAAUUAUAAUUUGAUACAUUGAAAAAGAGUUUCUAGUAUCUCAUGGAUUUUCAUUUGAAAUAAUCUUCCUUUUUCUGCUUUAAUAUUGGAAAAACUCUUUGAUAUGUUUUCAUAGAGUUGCUUUUAUGUUCCGUUAAUGCAUUUAUGACAUAGUGGAAGAUUUUAGGUAAACAUCAUUGCACCAACGUGUUAUUACCAAUUGAACCAAUUUCAAUCCCCUGGAUGGAUUCAAUUUCAAUUAUUUCGGAUUUAUUAGCAAUAGUAAUUUCGUGUUCUGCUUGAUCUAUGGUGCUAAACUCUACGACCUUCUGCAUUUAUGUAACUCAUCAGCUAGAGCGUAGAGAUCACAUGUCACUAGUUUU